AUGUCCUUUCGAGGCCGCAUCAUUCGCUUGGGAUUGAUGCUUGUCACGCUUUACUUUGUCAUCGACUGGGCUUUCAACCGACAAUACACGUUCGGCUCUACAAUCAGGGAUACAGCGUUCGGUGCGGUAGCUUGGCACCUCUUUGCAAAGACUUUGGAUGUCGGACUGGUCUAUGACCUGGAGGGCAAACCUCCGCCUCGCUGGUGCGUUCCCGUCUGGCAAAGGGUGGAAGAUGGGCGUGCGAAUGAAGCGAGCGUGGCGGAGCGCAAAGGCAAGCGGACCCAGCACCAUGUAGCACACGCUUCAGCUGCCAAACCUUCCUUCUGGCAGCGCACACCGCUGCCUGGUCGUCCUGCAUGGGCUCGCCAACAAAAGCUCAUCCCGCAACAAUGGAGACUGUUAGAUCUGCCAACGAGCGCAGCGGAUAGAGCGCUUUGGGCGCUAGACGUCAUGUUCAUGCGCAGACUGGGCACCUCUUGGCUCUUCAUCGAAGAGAUGAGGGCACUGGAAUGGAGCAAGAGCAAAUUGGAGCAUGCGGGUGCUGUUCAGUCCGAAGCUAGGAGGACAGGCCAAGCUUUGCCUCGCUACAAGGCUGAACUUCAACCCUUCGGUUACAGCGAAGGGAGCUGGUGGUAUGCCAUCUUGGAUGCAUCGCUCUUUGGAUGGGCCAUCGUAUACGUCAGUCAAUCUCACGUGCCCGUCAAGUCUCGAUGGGAUUUCUACCACCUACCAUUCGCUCAACAAGCCGCCUUGACGCUUUGCGUGGGCGUCAUCAUAGGCAUGCCAGCAGCUCUGCCAGAGAUGAUCUUUAUCCCUUUGACUCAGAUCUGGCCUUUGAAUCUGCCUGCUACAGCCAUCAUACCGACGUUCAGGGAUGUGGGAAGGAGUCGCAGCUUAUCGGAACUUUGGGGUUUCAGGUGGCACACCAUCAGCAAGAGGGACUUCGUGAGGCUUGCCAGGCUCCUGCCAAUCGGAGGCAGCAGGAACAAGGCGGCGCUGCUCGUCAAAGUUUUUUUCUGGAGCGGCCUCUUCCAUUCCAUCCUGCUCACGCGGGUCACGCCACCUCCGAGCUUGUCCGACGCUUGGUCCAUCUACCGAAUCUUCUUUCUGCCAGGCCCCAUGCUCUUCUUUCUCUCUCAAGCUUUCUUGAUCCUGUUCGAACAGAGCGUCUCUGCUCCCCUCUUGCGCCUACUAGGUGCCUAUCCAGCGUCGAAAGAGAUUCCGCCGUGGAAAGGGGCGCUGAUACAGGUCGGCAUGAACCUCUGGACUUGGACGGCUAUGCUCGCUACCGGAAGGUGGCUGGCCGCAGAAGUGGUCGGGUGGAACCUGUUCGAUCGGCAACAGAUCCUAACCAUGCGUCCAGCUGCUCAACUGCGUGACUAUGCGGACUUUUUCAAAAGAAAUCUCGCAUAG